GAUGUGAUGACGUGAUUCUCCCUCAGACAAAUGAGGGACUGACAGUCUGAAUGAUCAAACUUUAAAAGAGAACACGCCCAAUCCCUGAGGUAUUUAGACAUGCAUCACAGGUAAAUAUGUUCAAUAACUGCAAAGUAUAUAAAGCAUCAAUGUGCUGAUAAAAGUAGUAUAAGGAACCUGUGGUACUGACCUGCUCAUCAAGAUGAAGCUGCUUCUUUCUCUGACUCUCUUCUGGGCGCUCUCCAGCACAGAUGGAGCACUUGUGUGUCAAACUUGCACAGGUCAAGCAUGUUCUACACCAGUCCUACGUCCAUGUCCCUCUGGGAUGUGUGUAACAGCCUCUGUUCAAGGACAAAUCUACAAGGCGUGUGCACCGUCCUCCCUGUGCCCAGCCACAGGCUCUCAGACAUUUUCAGUUAACUUGGAUUUUUUGAGUGCACUUACAUCUGCAGCGUGCUGCAACACAGAUAACUGCAACUCAGCCAACCUGCCUUCCCCUGCAGCUGCUUCAGCUAAUAGCCUUCUGUGUUUCAAUUGUAACCCCAUCACCUCUCAAUGCAACAGUUCAAUACAAUGUAAGGGAACAGAGGAUCGCUGUUUUCAAGCCAGUGUGACAAUUGGGUCGAACACUAUUCCAGCUUUUGGUUGCGCGUCUGAAAACAUGUGUGCUGUUGCUUCCAGCCUGGGAACCAUACCCUUCCUGCAAAGUGCUGUUAAAAUCAGUGGACUCGCCUGUUGUGGCACCAAUUUAUGUAAUACUCUAACUGCAACAACUACAACUGUUCAAACAACUACAACUGCUCCAACAACUGCAUCUGCUGCCACAACUGCAACAACUACAACUGCUCCAACAACUCCAACUGCUCCAACAACUACAACUGCUGCCACAACAACUGCUGCCCCAACAAAAACAAUCUCCACCUCAGCCGCAGCUAUAACUACUGCAAGUGACGCCUGUUGUAUCAGACUGGGUAUGAUCCAUCUGCUGAUCGGACUCCUAGUCUUUACUGUCUAUUAGAGCAAAGGAAGAAAAGGGGAAAAGGACCACAGAAGUCACCAGAAACCCUCUGAAAGACCCCUUUGAAGUCUAACUUUGCAUUUACUCACUGCCAUUUCUAGUAAGUAAUUACAGGGGAUAAAUGAAAUUAUAAAUUUAGGAAAGGGGGUUGGAGUCCAGGGCGGCUGAUGUGGAAUACAAGGGCACCAAUAAAAUAGACACAUAGGCUUCUGGAACACAACAAAGGUGACACAUCCUUUUGUCACAGUUUCCAUUUUCUUGGUUCAUAUUUGCUUUGAUUUUCUCUCAAAUGUUUGUGUAUUUCAAAUGGACUGAAUGCUCUGACAUUAUAUUAUAUGUUAUUCUAUUUUAAAGAAGAAAAACUGUCGUCAUUACAAAGACAAAAUGUUUUUACUACUCUGUCUUAAAUUGGGCUUUAUGUCAUCUGUUGAAUUUAAGAAUAUAAAUCCACUUGAAAUUAUAAUUAUCAUAAUUUAUAAUGACAUCUCGCCAGUUACACAGUACACGUUGAAAUCCAAAAGAAGUUGCCAAACAAUGACAGUGUUCUUUUAACCAGUGACGUAGCAUCUGUUAACAAGGUACAAAAGACUUAUUAUAAAAAAACAUAUUUCUGCAUAAUGAAGUCCACACAAAAAUAAGUUUUCAUUAUAUGAUACCUAAUUAGCGCAAUGCAGCUUUCAGUAUCCUUUCUGUAAAACAAAUGUUCUAAAUAAUAAAUUGUUCCUAUUCA